CAGCGCGCACCGAGAACGCUGAUGUGUAACGUGCAAUAUUAUUAUUUAUAUUGUGUUAAUAGUGUGGUUAAUAGGUAUAGAUAAGCACUUCUCUACUUAGGGCCUGCGCACCGCGACCUUGACUCGAAGCACGUUUGCGUAUCACCCGAGCCUUCUACAAUAUGCAUUCUUUAGUAGCCAGUAUUAGCGCUAGCCUCCCGCGCGUGAUCUGCGCUGAUCUCGACAGCUGCCACAAUAAUAAAAUGUUGCCGACGUAUAGUUAUCAAGGUGUUCUAAGAUAUUAUCGAGACUAUUAUUGCUUAGCUUGCCAAGUUAAAUUGGAAACUGAGUCUAAUGUUAUUAAACAUAUAUGUGAAGAGUCUCAUGAAGCAAAGUUUGCAGACACUAAUUAUGUGGUAGCCGAAGAAAAUAUAAGGAAGAUAAAUGAAUGGUACCAUUGUGAAAUGUGCAAUAGAGCAUUGAAAUCAUUCGCUAGUGUAAAAUUACAUAUAUCAGAGAAAAACCAUAUCACAACCAAGGUCAAAUUAGUAGCGAGAAGAGAUGCAUCAGGAACUAUGUGUGUUCAUGACGUCGAAAUUGACGAGAACUCAUGGAAUGGCUUGUCUGAGGGUUCAUGUCUUAUUUGCGACUGUGAUUAUACUGAUGAAAAUAACCACUUGAAGGAUGCCACGCACGUUGUUAAUUUAUUUCAACGAAAGAUGAAUGUCCAUUCCAAAUAUAAUAUUUAUCGAACAAUCAAUGAUACUACCGUACAUUGCAUAAUAUGUAAUCGACUAUACGAACAUGACCUUAUAUAUAAACAUUUUAACACAGAAUUCCACAAGAAUGAGGUCAAAAGACGUCAAAAACCAGAAGAAAUAGAAGUGGAGCCCACCACACAUGUGAACAAUUGCCCAAACCUUUAUGAAGAACUUCGGAAAACGAAUAAUGAUAUAAUAAAACAAAGAAUAAGCCGAAGAAGCUACAUACUUCGUGAUGUUUAUGGCGAUCUACAAUGUGUCUUAUGCGAAUUUGCAAUAAACGAAUAUCAUCUUAUUUGUCAUAUUAAUGGACAGCGUCAUAUUUUAAAACUGAAUAAUCACGAGGGCAACAGGAAUACUAAUGAAAAAAGUAUAUUUCAUUCUGAAUGUACUGUAGGACGUGAAACACCAAAUUUAGUUCAAUCAGAACAGGAAACCGGAGCGAACAGUCUUGAAAUAACAUUAGAUAUAGAAAACGACUCUGAAGCUAUGAAUGAACAUGAGCCUGAUGGUGCGAGUUUAUCAGAAAAUGAAUUAUUUAAAAAAAAUUUGAUUGGAAGUGGGUACAUGUAUCGUCAAGCCAAUAAAAAGCUAUUUUGUACCCUGUGUGGCUGGGCUAUAGAGAGUGGUGACUAUAUACAUCACAUUGGUGGUGAACACCAUCACGCUGUUCUGCAAAUGCACUUGAAAAAAAAUAAAAAAUAUGUGAGGAAUGCAGUAAAUUCGUUAGACUUUGAUCCGACUACAAUUGAGAAAGAUAGUUCUAUGCCUAACUAUUUUGAAAACGACAAAAUUCUUUGUGAUUCUGUAAUAGAUAGUGAAUUUGAAGACUACGCGAAGGCUCACGACCUUGAAAUAUUACCAAAUAAAACAGAAGUGAGGUGUAGGAAGUGCGAAAAAAGAGUUCCGGGCACAUUAGUAGAUUUGAUAAAUCAUAUAAAUGGAAAGUAUCAUAUUAAUUAUGAUUCACAUCAUAAUGAUCCAUAUGACACAAGCCAGUUGGUUAUGUUUCAUCGUAAAUUAAAUUGAAUUUCUUUAUUAUCAUCAUUAAUUUAGAUGUUUUAGAAUUAGAUUAUUAGAUUUGAGUCUGCUAUUGUUAUUCUAAUGCGUUAAUCCUUGGAGACUAUCACCCCAGUCAUGAUAUGCUAUGAGCUAUGUCCCAGUAGUGACAAAAUUGGAUUCAGAAAUUACUCAAAAGGUUCAAACUAUAAAGUUCAAGUAUGGAUAUUGUAAUGGAUGCAUAAGGUAUUGGAAGUUUUAAGCAACAUAUUUUGACAUAGCUCGGCAGAAAUUUCCAAAUAGAUCGGCUGAAUGCCUUGUAACACAUGCCAAAGUUGAGCGAAACGAAGAAGUAAAUAUUUUUUUCAUUCUCAAAGUUCCAUAUUGGAUUAUGAUUUUUUUCCUGUUCCAGCAAGCGCAUAAGCAAGAAUUUAAUGGAAUCUUCAAUAUCCCUCUCAUCUAAAUUCAGAUAAAACUGAAGGUCCACUGCAGAAAUUCAACCUGAGCAAUUUUGGAUUCAAUUUAAUAAGGUGUUGCAUUAUAUACCAUUAUAUUUAUAUAGUAGAUAAUUGUUGUCAGUAGAAAUAUAAGUAUAUCAAUGUGAAGUAGUAAACAUAACAUUAUUGUUGUUGUAAUGCAUUCCAUUAUAUAUAUAUUAAAUAUAGUAAUAUAUUAAGUAUAGUUAGUUGUACACGGCCACGAUUCACUGUGGGUUGUCUAUAUAAUAUAUUAAAAAAACAUAAUUGAAACAUUUUAAACGAUCAGUAGGGAUUUGCGAUUUUGAUCAGACGAACAUUAAUAUAUAACUGAUUAUACUAAAUAAGUACUACAACAUAUUAUAAAAACAAAGUAAAUAUAAGUUAGUGUGGCACAUAAAUGUAAUUCUAGCUCUUCUUAAUCCUUGGGUAAUGACUAUGAAUAAAUAAGAUAUAAAAUCGAAAAAGAUCCAUUUAUCGGUAAUUGAUAAAACGGCGGUUAUUUGUAUUCAACUUAACAAAAUAUAUAAUCUAUAAUGAUACGAAAAAUCUAUAGCAUUUAAUCAGAAUACUCUAUAGUAUGUAAAUACCUUAUUCAUUAAAUAAUCUCACCAUGAUAAGAGACGCUAAGUUAUUUAAGUCAGUAGUGAAUAAAUAUUAAUGCAUUAAUGACGCUAUUAGACGACAUCUCUCUCAUAGAAUAAGUUUGGACAUUACCAAUUAUUAUUGGUAUUAUUUGGACAUUACCAAUUAUAUCAUAAAUAAUAGAAUUAAAUGUUCAGUUUCAGAAUGCUUAAAAUACAAUUUAUAUGUAGCAGAACCUAUCUUUUCUUCCUCAACUUUACUUCAACCAGAAUAACACAUAAUGUAUUCUGUGUAGCGAUAUAUCCGAUAUAAGUAAUUCAGGACUACGGUCCUUUAUAUGUAACAUUAUAAUAUUGUAGUCAUUUUAAUCUUAAUAUAUAAUCUCAUAUUUUUAAAUGUAAUUUUUUCCUCUCUAAGUGUUAGAUGUGUACAAAAAAAAAUAAAAAUACAUAAAAAAUA